UCAAGAUGGCUGCCGCCUGUCGGUCUGCGGCUUGCCUCCUUCCCAGCCUCCUCUGCCGCCUACCCGCCGGGGCCCAGCUGCUGCGCGUUGCCCUGUGUCUCCUGUGCUGGGUCCCGGCGGCUGUGGACGCAGUCCCUGAGCUCGGGCUUUGGACGAGAACGGUCAAUGACAAAUCAGGACCUUUGAUAUUUAGGAAAACUAUGUUUAACUCUACUGAGAUCAAGUUUUCUGUGAAGUCGUUCAGUUGUUCUGGACCUGUGAAGUUUACCAUAGAGUGGCAUUUGAAGUAUCAUACCUGUCACAAUGAAUACCCUGAUCUGGAGGAGGAGCUGUACCAAAAACAUGAACUUCAUGCUGAUACAGACAUCUGUGCUUACUUCAAAAACAUUGACUGUUGGACAACAAAAAGUGAGAACUUAGAUUGCAGCAGUGACUCACAGGCAUUCCCUUCACUAAACAAUAAAGAACUAACAGGUAUCAGAAACAUUUCAAGCCAGGAAGGAUCAACGAACAAAGACUUACUCUCGCUAUUGCAGGAUGUUGUAGCCAGGACCCAGAAGGAUGGCUUCCAUAUCUUCAUUGUUUCUAUUAAAACUGAGAAACCAGAUGCAGCCUGGAAUUUAAAUGUUUCUCUUUCUAUGGUGGGUCCUCAUGGGUACAUCUCUGCAUCAGACUGGCCUCUCAUGAUUUUUUACAUGGUGAUGUGUAUUGUUUACAUAUUAUAUGGUGUCCUCUGGCUGCUGUGGUCUGCCUGUUACUGGAAAGAUAUAUUAAGAAUCCAGUUCUGGAUUGCAGCUGUUAUUUUCCUAGGAAUGCUUGAAAAGGCAGUUUUCUAUAGUGAAUACCAAAACAUCAACAGCACUGGACUGUCAACCCAAGGUUUACUGAUAUUUGCUGAGUUGAUAUCUGCAGUUAAGAGGACAUUGGCUCGCCUGCUUGUGAUCAUUGUGAGCUUGGGUUAUGGCAUUGUGAAGCCUCGGUUAGGAACAGUGAUGCACCGGGUGAUUGGACUGGGACUGCUUUACUUGAUCUUUGCAGCCAUCGAAGGUGUCAUGAGAGUCGUUGGGGCGAAUGACUCUGAUCUUGUUCUUCUGGCCAGCCUGCCUCUCUCUCUCCUUGACUCGGGCUUGUGCUGGUGGAUUUUUAUAAGUUUGGCACAGACUAUGAAGACUCUAAGGCUAAGAAAGAACACAGUGAAAUUUUCAUUGUAUAGGCAUUUUACAAAUACGCUCAUCUUUGCUGUGCUGGCUUCUAUAGUGUUUAUGGUGUGGACAACAAAGACCUUCAGGAUCGCAAAAUGCCAGUCAGACUGGAUGGAGCUGUGGGUUGAUGAUGCAUUUUGGAGUUUCCUCUUUUCACUCAUCCUUAUUGUGAUAAUGUUCUUAUGGAGGCCAUCAGCAAAUAAUCAGAGGUAUGCCUUCAUGCCCUUGAUAGAUGACUCUGAUGAUGAAGUUGAGGAAUUCAUGGUAACAUCCGAAAAUUUAACUGAAGGAAUAAAACUAAGAGCCUCAAAAACAGUUUCAAAUGGAACAGCUAAACCUACUUCUGAUAACUUUGAUGAAGAUUUGAAGUGGGUGGAAGAAAAUAUUCCCUCUUCGUUCACAGAUGUAGCUCUCCCAGUGUUAGUGGACUCAGAUGAGGAAAUUAUGACCAGAUCUGAAAUAGCUGAAAAAAUGUUCUCUUCAGAAAAGAUAAUGUGAUCAGGGCCCCAGUGGGUCCACUGUGCGUGGGAGCAGGGUCAGGUGAUGGGAAAAGCCUGGCUGUUGUUAAAACUGACAGCUUUGCUAUGAUACGGUUUCACUUUGUUCUCUUGGAGAUCUAUGUAUCAGAUGAAGAGUGGAGGUGUGGGAGGGUCUACCACCCUCAGAAAGCCAUCUUUAAAACUGACUCGUAAAGUCAGAUCCAUUGCCAUUACGUUGCCUGAUUUUGGAAAUAAUUGAAGAAGUGUUAACGACAUGUGUUCAGAUGCCUCUUAGGCGGCAGCCACAGGCAUGCCAGGUUGUGUCUCUCAGUUUUCUCCAGAAAAAAGAAUCUGCAGCUGGGCGUGAUAGCACACUACUGGCAAUCGAAUGUCUGUAAAUUCAAGGCCAAGCCUGGUCUACAUAGUUCCUGAACAACCAGUGAGAGCUACAUAGUGAGACCCUGCCUCAAAAAACAAACACCAAAAAGAAAAAAGAAAAGAAAAAAAAUCUCUGUGAACAUUCCUUCCCCUCGACUUUGAGAUAACAGGAUUCUCUUGAAUGCUAACACAGCGGUGUUCAUCUUUUGUAGUGAUAAUUUUAUUCGAUUUUUUAUCCUGAAGUGACAAUAUUGGAACUCAAGCAUGUUCAUGUAUUUAACCCUGCCCUUCCGUUGGUGUACACAAAGCUCUUGUUUGUAAAUACUACCACGCACAGCACAUCAUGGAGUCUGAGCUCGGGAACAUGUGUGCACAAAGAGACGUCCUGAGGGUAUGUCCAAAGACUUGCAGGCCACAGGUACACGUGCUGCUGCUACUUCUGCUGUGAACCUGGCCACGUGACUUCCCCUAUAGCACUUUAUCCCAGCCCGGGGUGCACUGUUUCUUGUGAGCCUUGUGGAGACUUGUGAAGUGCCAGUUGGUUACACACAUAUCUAACCAUACCAUGCAUCAACAUGUAAUUAACCAGCUAUCAACUGUAUUUUACACCUUGUUAAAUUAUGUUUAUAAUAUAUGAUUGAAAGUUUCUAUUCUAAUAUUUUUUGAAUAUAGAAUGUUCUAGACUUGAAAGGCACUUGAAUGUAGAGUGAUGAAAAUGUGAACGUUUUGCCACUUUCGUGACCAAAGAUACCAGGCAGUUGGACAUGAAUGUGGGAAUGACAGGCAGGGUCUUGUAUGCCUUCUCUCUGGAGGACUUCUGGCCUUGUGAGUUAGAAUAACUCGGGAUAAUUGAGACAACAUGAACAGACGAGGAGGAGCACUACCCAUAGCCUGUGAUGAUUUUCACUGUAGCACCACAAAACAAACCUUUUUCUUUCAAAUGCCUACUUUCUGAGUUUAUUUCCUGCGUACUCAUUUCAAAAGGGUUGGUAGAGAUAUAUUUCUAUAGUUGCGUGUCCAUUUUAGGUUUGUCAUAGUCCACCUUCUAGCCCAGUUCUUUGAAAACUGGGGGUGUCUUGCAGGGGGAGGAGCAUUGCAGGGUGUCACUGUGUAGCUCAGGCUGAGGUUGGACUUGUGAACCUCUUGCUAAGGUUAUAGGCAUGCACCGCCAUGGCCCACUUCACGUUUGUCCUUAAUACCCUGUCCGCACAGCAUGAAGCAGCCAACCCUCAACCCACAUGCCUGCACUUGAAUAUUUCUGCUUGUAGCCAGCAGGAGCUACAUACUGAGCAGGGUGUGAGUCUGCAGUUGAUGACUGGGGAAAUGCUUCUGACACCAUCUCCAUGGUAUUUCUAAAAACUAGGAAAGACAAAUAAUGCUGCCUCUGGCACAGCUCCAGGCUGAAGUGAACUCUUUCCUUCCAUCCAGAGAAAGUGGACUUCCAUCUUAACCUUCUUAGAGGAGGUUUUUUUGCAAGCAUGUGUGUGGUGUUUGUUGCAUUUAAUGAUAACUGUGCCAGGUGCUGAUGUUCAGUGCCCUAAGGUGAGUAUUUCCUGAGGCCCAUCUUAGCCCCAGCAUGUGUCCCUAUGCUGUCACUGUAGAUCACAAGGACAGGAGGUCUACCCAGGACCACCAUGCAGCUCCUCAGCCCCCUCCCCUGUCUGCUGACAACAUUGGGACUUUCCAGGUGCUCCACAGUUUCUGUUCAGAAUGCUGUUGGAUGGGCCUGUCUUUUAAUUGAGAAUGCUAAGGAUAAGGCUCCAGUUGUGUUCAAGACUUCUUGUUCCACGGUUCAUGUUAGAUUUGGAGGUAUAUGAAGUUUGCUUGAGACAUUUUUUCAUGAUUUGAAUUAGGUUAAUAUUUAAAAAUCUGCCUUUGGGGGCAGUUAUUACAUUUCAGUAAGAAAAGGAGGUGGAAAUUGUAAGCUUGGGAGAUGGUUAGGAUACUUCCAUGCGUUUCUUGGGGUUUUUGUUUGUUUUUUGGGUUUUGUUUUUGUUUUUUUCCUAUCCUGUGGAGAGUGCCACCUGUAUCACGGUACAUCAUGUUUAUGCUACUCCUGUAAUGUCAAGAUUAAGCUUAAAGUAUACAUACAGAGUUGAUUUUUAUACCCUCUUGAAGGUUUGGGCCUGUUGGCCUGGCUGUACAUGACUGAAGCUGAGAGAGAUCAUGCUAUGUUUUGUCUCUCGUUCUGAUAUUUGUGUCUUUGUAUGAUUGACAGCAUGCAGUAAGCAAUAUAAAACACCAAGCCUUACAUCUAUCAGAAAGAAGUUUAAUAUAUAAAAUUCUGAACAUAUAAAUGUAUAUAAGUGACAAAACUAGAUUUUUAAGGAAGUGUAUACUAUAGGACAGGAGCUCAAUACUGUAUUCAGAAGCUUCUUUAGAAUUAGGAAAACAUUCAUUUCUUUGGGGAGAAAGUUUAGAGGUUAAAAAUAGAUUCUCUAUUUUUAAAAGUUAAAUUAUAAUUUGGGAGAAAUUUCUUUGAAUAUAAAACACAGCAAUUUAAAGGACUUUUGUUUGAAAUUUUGUAUUUUUGUGCCUUAAUAUUUGUUUUUUUAAAAUAAAUUGUUUUCUGACAUUUGGA